ACCGCAACCAUAUCCUUCCUCGCGCGCUUCUUCAGCCGCGCCCACAGCCCAGCCACCAUGUCCGCCACCAAGACCAAGGUCCAGUCCAUCAUCGACGAGAACCCCGUCGCCGUCUUCUCAAAGUCCUACUGCCCGUACUGCAAGGCGGCCAAGCAGCUGCUUUCUGAGCAAGGCGCAAAGUUCUACGCCAUCGAGUUGGACCAGGUUGAUGACGGAUCGGCUAUCCAGUCCACCCUCGGCGAUAUUACCGGCCAGACGACUGUCCCCAACAUCUUCAUCGCACAAAAGCACAUUGGCGGAAACUCAGAGUUGCAGGCAAAGAAGAAGCAGCUGCCCAACCUGCUCCAGGAUGCCGGUGCCAUCUAA